AUGAAGCUCACCGCGAGUUCAAGCGUCGUCUUGACACUGUUUGUGCAUGCAAAUGCUGCCCCCACGCAUCCGAAGCAGAAACAAAGCUCUUUUAAAUCGCAUUCCACAGAAUCUCUGAUAGCCUUUGGGGAUAGCUACACAUACGUGCAGGGUACCCUCGGCCAUCAAAACUACACCUUCAUUGGCGAUGAAUUCAACUUCUCUUUUACGCCCGCACAGCUCUUCUCGAAUCGUAUCGUGCAGAACCUUACGGGAACGGCAGAAGGUGGCCCUAAUUGGGUGGAGCUUUUGACUGGAUGUGGUGUCGAGGAUGGUUUGCACAAUCCAAGAGAGUGCGACGUUCAGCUUUGGGACUUUGCAUAUGCUGGCGCGAACACUAUCGAGGAAGCUGGAUUCACACCCCUUCAUCACAACCAUACUGUCUCACUCGAACGGCAGAUCGAACAGUUUGCCUCCUACGGCAAUCCAGCUCUCGAAUCUAUUCAUCUCAACAAGAAGAAAGCGCUCGUAGCGAUAUGGAUCGGCAUCAACGACAUCAAUGACCUUGUAUCCACCCAAGGCAAGAACGCAUCCUUUGCACCACUCUACGAGAAGAUCCAGGACCGAGUUUUUGAGAACGUGGAGAAGAUCUAUGAGCUUGGCUACAAGGACUUCCUCUUCAUGAAUCUACCGCCUCUGGAUCGUGGACCAGGCACGCCCAAUGUCAACGCGUCGCUCGUUGCUUCUUUCAACACGAUCCACGCUGCACAUGCCAACGACUUUCAGUCCAAUCAUAAGGACGUGAAGGUGCUUCAGUUCGACGUGAAUAGUGUUUUGAACUACGUUUUGGAUCAUUACCAAGACUACGGGUUCAAAAACGUCACCGACUACUGCCCUGGAUAUAAUCAGCCAGAUAUCCUAACAAACCCAAGUCAGUAUGGAUGCACGGACUUGGAUACGUACUUUUGGUACAAUUCAGGGCACCUGACGAGCCGAACCCAUGAAGUCAUGACUAAGGCAUUGAAGAGAUGGUUGCUAAAGCAGUAA